UAGUCACCCACGCAGAAAGAAUCACAGUGUUGCUACUGAGUUCCUGAUUCUAGGACUCACCAGAAAACCUGAACUCCAGGGAAUUCUCUUCUUUUUCUUUCUUUUCAUUUACCUUGUGGCUUUCCUGGGUAAUAUGCUCAUUGUGAUUGCAAUAAUCUAUAAUACCACUCUGCAUACCCCAAUGUAUGUUUUCCUUCUGGCACUGGCCAUUGUGGACAUCAUCUGCACAACAAGCAUCAUACCGAAACUGCUGGGAACCAUGUUAAUACCACAAAGUACCAUUUCAUAUGGAGGCUGCAUGUCUCAGCUGUUCUUUUUCACCUGGUCCCUUGGGGCUGAGAUGGUUCUUUUCACCACCAUGGCUUAUGACCGCUACGUGGCCAUCUGUUUCCCUCUCCGUUACAGUACUAUUAUGAACCACCAUAUGUGUGCAGCCUUGCUCAGCAUUGUCAUGGCUAUUGCAGUUACCAAUUCCUGGGUGCACACAGGCCUCAUCCUGAGGUUGACUUUCUGUGGACCAAAUACCAUAGAUCACUUCUUCUGUGAGAUCCCUCCUCUGCUGGCUUUGUCCUGCAGCCCUGUGAGAGUGAAUGAGGUGAUGGUGUAUGUUAUAAUAUACCUUAUUAUACGUUAA